CAUUGUAUUUUUUUCAUCGGAUUUAGACAUUAUUUGAACCAUAAAACAGAAUGUAUAAACAUUAAUUAACGUAUAGUAAAUCGUAUGUUUCGUAGAUCACUAAAAGAACCUCGAAAAACAAAUUGAUUUCUGGAAUAAAUUUAACCUUUCCGCUAUGCCGUUGAUGACCAAAUGAUGUAAAAACAAGGGUAUCUGAAUAUGGCAACCAACCCAGUGGGGGCGUUCACCUCUGAAAGACCAAAGUUUGUUACAAAACCGUUACCACCACCUGCCACUACUAUAAACCAUUCAAAUGGGAACAACGAUGGACCAAGUUGGGGCCUUAUAAUUCCUAUUAUAAUGAUCGGCAUAUUUCUGACCAGCGUUGCUGUGUGUCUUUGGUGGCAUAAAUGGAGAGAUAAAAGAACCUUACACAUUAGCAGGGACCAUAACUCUGGAUCAUCAUUUCACCGUAGCUACCGCUGCAGUCGGUCCAACAGGAGCGGAUUUGACGCGGUCCGAGAUUCCACGAGAUCUACUACACCUUUAAGAGGCAGUGCCAAUGAGAAAAUAGCAAAAAGCCACAAUAAUGUUGUGAAAGUUAAAAAUGUUAAUGUUAUACCCAUACAACAAAAGCCCGGAAAAUAUGCGUAUACAUGGGACAAAAACCAGUGGAAGACAUACCAAACCCCUACUACUGCUUUGUCUAGUAGUGGUCGUUUAGGAACUAAGCCUUUAUCUCCAAUUAAUGAGAUAGAAUCACCAUCGUCAAUGAAGUUGUCGGAAUUGUCAAGAAACUAUGAUAUUAGCGCUCAAGCCUCAUUUUCACCAUAUCACUUGGCCUGGUACUCGUCCUCUAACCCGCCACCUCCUUAUGAAAGGUCAGGGUCACACAGCCAGUCAGGUCAGUCGAAACGUUACCCGCCAAUCACGCGCCGGUCUGUAGUAGAGCAAACAGCUUCACAAAACAAUGCAUACGAACCGGAAGUAAGCUCACCAUUCUAUCCUAAUAACAACACGCCUACAACGGAAUGUGAAACUGGUAGUGAAACCUCGCAAACAUUUCGCGAUGACCACCAUCAAGGUUAUCAAUACACUAGUUACCCAUCCAGUCCAAAAUCUUCCAUACCAUCAAUUUCUAACACUCGUCUAACAGUCAGUACAGAAACAGAUAUAAAUCAGACCUCAACAUCGUACCCAGAGUCUUCAUUCCAGACGUGCACCACGUCAUAUGAGCAGAGUUACAGCGGGUGUCAGACAUCCACAAAUCCAUCGGGGCUGAACAACCUUACAGAGCAAACGAGUACAAAUUUAAGUAGUCUACCAAGUAGCAUUGCACAGUUUAGUAAACAAAACUUGCUAAUGGACGACAACAACAAUAGUAUGGUAGCGCCUAAUGUACACCUUACAUUUCCAAUGGCGAAAAUAUUAAAUUAUACAUUAGCUAGCAGCGUAACUUCUUCUGAUACCCACGCGUCAGAAAAUACGUCACUUUUACCAAAUAUUGGAAGUAACAAUACGUCCAGUUAUCCAGGAGUGACGGGGUCUAGAUCCUACCCACACAGCACCGCACCAACUAGUCCGGAAGAUCUGUCGAAACUUGUUGAUGAAAUGUCAAGUAUCCGACCUGUUGAAGAGUCGUCGAUACGACCAAAUUCGUCUGUAGAGCCGUCGUCCCGUAUCGUGAGUAUUUCCGGGAACAGCGUGUUGACGGACCUUCAAAGUAGUUGGAGCGUUCUCGGGGAAAUGGAAAGAUCGUCUGCGGCAUCUACUAACACCGAAAGUCAGCCAUCACUUCAGAACGGAUCACUUUAUUGGGACAACUAUCCAUGGGCCCAUGCUGGAGUGAAGUCCUACCCGGAACUCCCGCUUCAGAUGCACGAUAGUUUCGUGCAACAAGCACAGCGUUCAAGUUUCCAAAGACCAGUCCUUAUGGAAACGCAAUACUGGGUGUAAGUCUCGAAGAAGAAAAGACGAUGGGAUAUUUAUUUUCAUAUGUCAUUAUAAACAGUUUAACUAAACAAGUGUGUUUGAAUUUACAAUAAUUUGUGCUUGUAUUUUGAGAGACCAUCAAAC